AGUGAAGAUAGCAACUCAAUCAUUCCUUGUUCCAACCAACACGACAAUCCAAGUCCCAGAAAGGAAUCAUCACCAUUUUGUUUCCAUUCUUCUCCUGAUUCAUUCCUUGUUUACUUUAUUUCCAGGGAAAAUCACUCAGAAAAAUAGAACCAUGGAAAAGAGAAUGAAACUCUUGUUUCUUGUUCUAUUGGGUGCUGCCUGGGCUUGUGAUGCAAGAGAAGUAGCAAACCCAGAUCAUUGGAACAGUAACACAGCAAACUAUGGCAAUUCUGAGCUAAGCAGAAAACCUGAUAUAUGUGCUUGUUGUGAAGAAUACACUGCCAGGGCACUUGAUUAUCUAAAUGAAAAUAAAACCCAGAUUAAGAUCACUGAUAUCCUUCACAAUACUUGCUACCGGUUUAGCUCCAUCAGGCAGAAGUGCAUCACUUUGGUAGACUACUAUGCUCCUCAAUUCUUCUUAGAAAUAGCUUCAAUUAAGCCUGGAGAAUUGUGUCACAAGGCCAACCUCUGUCAAGGCAUUGCAUAUAUUUCCUUGAAAGUUGAAGAAAAUAGCUGUGAGUUCUGUAAAGAUACUGUUUCAGCAGCAUUGGCUAAGUUGAAAGAUCCUAACACUGAGGUGGAGUUAAUUGAGACAUUACUAAAAGGGUGCCAUUUGGUGGAAAGGUACACAGAUAAGUGCAAGAGGAUGGUCUUUGACUAUGGACCUCUAGUUUUUGACAAUGCAGAGAAGUUCUUGGAGAUGACAGAUAUAUGUAGUUAUGCACUAAAUUUCAUGCCUACAAGGCUCCACCAGUGGUUGGCUAACAAGCCUUCUUUUAUUUCUCUUAAUUAUGGAAACAACGUCCUUAUCAAAUUGAUAGUGUACUUGUUGAGGAAAAUUUCCAUGUAUAUAAUAUAUUAAGAAAGGAAUAAAGUGUAAUGGUACUUGUCUUUGGAUCAUAAUCAGAAACCUCCUAUCUGAAAAUGUUGAUUCAAGGAGGAGUGGGAUAAUUUGUGUGUAAUUGAAAGGAAAUUAUGCC